AUCUUGUGACCACAAAAUUUCUACUAUUUUGAGAUCUAAUCGAGAUAACCAAAAAGCAGGGAAGGCUUCAAGAUGUCAGAUCGCAAGGCAGUGAUUAAGAAUGCUGAUAUGAGCGAGGAGAUGCAGCAGGACUCGGUCGACUGUGCCACCCAGGCAUUGGAGAAGUACAACAUUGAGAAGGACAUUGCUGCCUAUAUCAAGAAGGAGUUCGACAAGAAGUACAACCCCACCUGGCACUGCAUUGUCGGCCGCAACUUUGGCUCCUAUGUGACCCAUGAGACACGCCACUUCAUCUACUUCUAUUUGGGACAGGUGGCCAUCUUGCUCUUCAAGAGCGGCUAGACUCAACAUUGGGGCAUUCACACCACACCGAGACGUUCCGCAC